UAAUUCCGACAGUAUUUGAAGUAAUCACAAACUCCUGAUCCGCUCCGCAACAAUGAGGAACUUUUCCGUUUUGAGUUUCCACUGAGGCGUCAGGGACGUGGGAUGCAUGGGAUGGGAAGAGGUGAAAAACAGCGGUCAAAGAUGUGAGGAGAGUAGAAGUUGUGAUCUAGAAGAAUUUAACUUCCUUAUUACAUGAUAAGGAAAACAUGGCGAAUUCAAGUUCUCCGCAUGGGGCUGUUAAUAUGACCUCCCCUGAGGCUCACCGUGCUGAGGUCUUGGAAAAUCCACUCCGGACUUAUCUUGUGGGAAUCAUCAUCUCUAUAUGUGGGAAUGUCCUCAUCAGCGUUUCACUCAACAUACAGAAAUAUGCCCAUGUCCGUCAGUCUCAGCGCGGCUCCAAGCCCUACUACACCUCUGCGCUAUGGUGGUGCGGUGUGAUACUCAUGGGUAUCGGGGAACUGGGGAACUUUGCUGCCUACGGCUUUGCCCCAGCAUCGCUCAUAGCCCCGCUGGGCUGUGUGUCUGUCAUAGCCAGCGCUGUCAUAUCUGUGGUUUUCCUCAAGGAGACAGUGCGAGCCUCUGACAUUGUUGGUGGCACCCUGGCAAUAACUGGAACGUACGUUCUGGUGACCUUUGCCCCCCACAAUUCUACACACAUCACUGCCCAUCUGGUCCAGUACUAUACCAUCAGCUGGCACUUCCUGCUUUACCUUGUUAUAGAGGUCGUCAUCUUUUGCAUCCUGCUCUAUCUGUACAAGAGGAGGAAUGUGAAGCACAUCGUCAUUGUGAUGCUGCUGGUGGCCUUGCUCGCCUCUCUAACAGUCAUAUCAGUCAAAGCUGUGUCAGGAAUGAUCACAGAGUCGAUAAAAGGCCAGCUGCAGCUCAUCUACCCCAUCUUCUACGUCAUGCUUGUCGUCAUGGUUGCCUCCUGCGCCUUCCAGAUCAAAUUUCUCAAUCAGGCAAUGAAAAUGUUUGAUGCCACAGAGGUGGUUCCUAUCAACUUUGUGUUUUUCACCGCAAGUGCCAUCGUUGCAGGGAUAGUAUUUUACCAGGAAUUUGAAGGCUUGGCUUUACUGAACAUUUUCAUGUUCCUUUUUGGUUGUCUUCUGUCUUUCCUUGGAGUUUUCCUCAUAGCCCGAAACAGGCCAAAAAUAAAGCAACAGGAUCGCAAUUUUAUUGCAAUGGAUAAGAUUCCUGGGAGGAGGCACACUGACAAAGUGCAGCCUGAGGCAAAGACUCUGACAUACGGAUCGCUGGCAGCCAAACUCAUGUGCAACAGAGCUGGCCAAACAGACGAUUCAUAGGACCAGCUCCAUCUGUUAGGACUGUAUUUUUGUGGAUUUGUGUGUGUGUACAUGCCUCUUCCUGGGUACUUCAAUAUUGCUCUAUUUAUAAAAAUGAAAUGGUAAGCAUCAACUCAAACCAGUGCCACCUAAGUGCCAGUAUUGGUGGCCAUAUAGGUGUUAUAUGACAAGAAUGAACAGUACAUCUCAUUAAACAGCUCCACUUAUCCUAGAAAUAUUUCUGUAUCCUCUUGUGUUUAAAGUUUUUCCGGCAGGUUUAUCAAUAACCUGAUCAGAAAAACAUAUUCAAAAUGAGAUGAAACACCUCAGGAUCAAAGCGCAACACCAAAUGCCUUAAUAGCAAAGUUUAAUUAAGUCCUCCUAAGUCCAGGAGGCCACGAUGACAAAUGCCUUGCAAAAUAUUAUGUGUAUUAUGUGAAUCAAUUGAAUAAAUGGGUCUAUGUGCGUUCAGUUGUCAAUAAACAAGGAUAAAAUAUAAUGUUUCAACAGUCUGGAAAGUUCAUGUCACACAGCAAAAAAGGUGUACUACUGCCCCCUAAUGGUGGGGGAAGUUCAAAGAUCACCAGGCAACUUGUACAUGUGUCCUGUUAAUCUGAGUUGAUGUGAAGUCAUUUAAUUUGAAAUAAUAGUUAAGUAGUACCUGCAGUUAUAUAAACCUUCUCUCAUUAGUUAAAGUUGCUCACGUAACUGUCUAAAGUUUACUUUGUCUUAAAAUAACUGAGCAUUGAUGCAUCACUCUGAUACCUGUUCCCAAGGAGUUAGUAAUAGAACUUGUCUGAAAAACACUAAUGUACAGCCUGCCCACCCAUCUUUACCUCAAAUAAACCUCAGACUACAUACUGAACUGCUACCAAACUUUAGUGUUGCCAAGCAACAAAACUCUUAUCUGCCACCUACACAUUUUGGGAUGUGUGGGAAACCAGUGCUCAUGCCAGUGUAACUAUAAAAAGAAUGAAUGUUAAAGUAUCGGUUGUUCAAUGCAUUUACAUAUAACGGACAGGCCAUACUGUGUAAUACAAGUUCAGUUGAUGCAGUAUGGGUAUUUUAUUAGCUUAUAUUCAAACAAAAGCUCUUCAAUGCUGAAGACAACCAUAUUUCAUAUUCAACUGAAACAAUGAGAAUGUCUCUUCCCACAGUAAAAUAUACACAACUUAAAAUUAUCUUUUAAACACAACAUCAGGUAGCUUGUAGUCACGCCCCAUGCAUGUCAUUAAGUCUUCAGCCAACAUGGUGAAUAAGAUGAUGGCACAAUCCAAGGAGGUAACUAUCAAUAAAAAAAAGAAUAAAUAAAAGGUUAAAAAAAAAAAAAAAA